UAAAGCUGAUGAAACUCACAUUGCAAGAAGAGACUCUGCUUACAAAAGAUAUAGAGACUCUUAAGGCAGUACUGUUAAGUCUCUGAUCUCUCUUCUUGAUAUAACAUGUACAGAUUCAGCAACACAGUGAUUGGGGUCUUGAACCUCCUCACCUUACUAGCCUCGAUCCCGAUCAUAGGAACAGCGUUGUACAAGGCAAGAAGCAGUACGACUUGCGAGAACUUCCUCCAGACACCGCUACUCGUUAUAGGAUUCAUCAUACUCUUAGUAUCCCUUGCUGGUUUCAUAGGAGCCUGUUUCCACGUGGCAUGGGCUCUUUGGGUGUACUUAGUGGUCAUGAUCUUCCUCAUCGCGGCGCUAAUGGGUCUGACGUUGUUUGGCCUGGUGGUGACGAGCCAAGGAGGUGGAGUGGAAGUUCCAGGGAGGGUUUAUAGAGAGUAUAGGCUUGGAGACUAUCAUCCAUGGCUGAGAGAGAGAGUUCGAGAUCCUGAGUAUUGGAACUCCAUAAGAAGCUGUAUCUUGAGUUCCAAGACUUGUGCUAAGAUUGAAUCUUGGACUACUCUUGAUUAUUACCAAAGAGAUAUGACUUCUGUUCAGUCGGGAUGUUGUAAGCCACCGACGGCGUGCACGUACGAAGCUGGAGUGAUUGAUGGAGGAGGAGAUUGCUACAGAUGGAACAAUGGAGUGGAGAUGUUAUGCUACGAGUGCGAUGCUUGCAAGGCUGGUGUUCUUGAGGAGAUCCGUCGCGACUGGAGAAAGUUGUCGGUUGUUAACAUUCUCGUCCUUGUCCUACUCAUCGCUGUCUACGCCGCUGGUUGCUGCGCCUUCCACAACACUCGCCACGCGGCUCAUCCUUACCAUCCCUCAGAUGAUAACCGCAUGACCAAAGUCCGUCCUCGUUGGGACUAUUACUGGUGGAGAUGGUGGCACGAAAAGAAAGAGCAGCUUUACUGAGUCUUUUUUUUUAUAUUUUAAUUU